UGGGCAGGAAGUACAGGCGGCUCCUCCCUUUGCCGUCCCGUUCCCCUCCUCCUCCUCGCCCAUGUCCAUUCCAAGAUGGCCGGGAUCCCUUUGUAUUUUGUGGAUUUGCAGGAUGACUUAGAUGAUUGCUCUCUUCAGGCCGUUGCUGUGGUGUCUGUGUCCCUCUCGGAAGUCGGAAUAACAGAAGACCUGGUGUUGUGGGUACUGUGGUUGGCUAACUCAGAGCGGUGGUUUAGGUUAAGUGCUGUGUCCGUGGGACAUAGACCGGGCAACAGCUCCACCUCAAGCUGGUAUAGCCCAGCUCUUCCACUGGAACACAACUCUGAACACCUUUCAGCCAGCUUGUUAAGAGCUGCAACUUCAGGAGACUGCUACAAUGUUGGAUUUGAAGAUUAUGGGCCAGACUGUGAUAGCAUGAGGAUAGCGGCAUUCUUGAAUAUUCCUGGACAGGAUAAUUUAACUUCCCUGGCUCGUCUAGAAAAAUAUGCCUUCAGUGAUAACAUAUUUAACAGGCAAAUUAUUGCCAGAGGUCUUUUGGAUGUCUUUCGGGAUUUCAGUAAUAAUGAAGAAGACUUCCUGACUGUAAUGGAAAUAGUGGUCAGGCUCUCUGAAGAUGCAGAACCAACUGUGCGUACAGAACUGAUGGAACAAAUACCUCCUAUUGCCAUUUUUCUGCAAGAAAGUCGACCAAAGUUCCCAACAGCAUUUUUUGAAUACCUUAUGCCCAUAGUAGUGAGAUACCUCACAGAUGUUAACAAUCAGGUUAGAAAGGCAGGUCAAGAAGCACUGCUUAUACUGCUAGAACAAGAUCUUGUUUCUCAGAGUGACAUUGAAAAUAAGGUGUGUCCAAUUCUAUUGGACCUCUCUGCUCCAGACAGUGAUGAUGAAUACAAGGUGGAAGCUGUGAAUAUAAUCUGUAAAAUGGCUUCAAUGUUGAGCAGAACAACAGUUGAACAUAUGCUACUUCCUCGUUUCUGUGAACUGUGCAGUGAUGGGAAAUUAUUUCAAGUCCGAAAGAUUUGUGCAGCUAAUUUUGGGGAUAUUUGUAAUGCAGUUGGGCAAGAAGCCACAGAAAGACUGCUGAUUCCCAAGUUCUUCGAACUUUGUUCUGAUAGUGUUUGGGGAAUGAGAAAAGCUUGUGCUGAAUGCUUUAUGGCAGUGUCUUACACCACAUCCCCAGAAGUUCGCAGAAGUAAACUGUCCCCAUUGUUUAUAAGUCUCAUUAGUGACACUUGCAGAUGGGUUCGUCAGGCUGCUUUUCAGUCUCUUGGCCCCUUUAUUUCUACCUUUGCAAACCCUUCAAGUGCUGGUCUUUACAUUCGAGAAGAUGGGACGCUGAAUAUCCGGCCGUCAAUGCUGGAUUCCAAUCCCUGUCAGCCAAGCAACAAUAUAAUCUCUUCCAGUACAAAUGCUACAUCAUCUUGUUUAGAACAACCAAUGGACGUCAAGCCAGAAUCAUCGACUGAGGAGACUUCAGCUGAAGUUAAUGCAAACCUGUUAGUUGAGAACCUGAAUAAAGAUACAAGGGAAGAAAGUACAGAUUGCUGUAUUGGUCCUGGAGAAGAUGUGUCUCAGUUGUCUCAGGGUGACACAGUUGCUGCUGGUGUGACAGAACUCGCUAAGGACAGCAGUUUUCCUGGAACGAACUCAAGGCUACAGCCUGCUGAGGACUUAUUUAAUACUUUUCUGUACUGGCGCCCACCUCUGCCUGACAUAAGUCAGGAUCUGGAGUUGCUUCAGUUCAAGACUGAAAAGCACAAAGAUAGCUGCUCUGUGCCAUGCAGUAACUGUGUUGCUAGUAGUGAAAUAAAAAAAGUUCUAGAAAGCUUACAGGAGCAUAUAGAUGAUCCAGAUGUUCAAGCUCAGGUCCAAGUGUUGUCUGCUGCUCUCAGAGCUGCUCAGUUUGAUUCUGUUGGUGACUAUGAGACUAAAAAGCUGGAAGAAAGCAGUGGCAAACUUGAGAACACGACUACUUCAGGUGAAGCAGCUGUGUCAGAUGCUACUUGCAAACAGGUGGAAGAAAAUAAUUGUUCAUCUGCUGCAUCCCAGGAUAACAUCAGUGAGCAGUCUCCUGCCAGUACAUUGAAAAGCGCAGACUCUGAGGAACAACACAGGGGAACCAAUGUAUUUUUAAAGAAGGAACAAGAAAAUAAUCCACCAUUUGAAGAUGACAAGUCAAAAUUACAGGAUAUCAUACCCCAACCUUUAUUAGACCAGUACCUGUCAAUGACUGAUCCAGCUCGAGCCCAGACUGUGGACACUGAAAUAGCCAAGCACUGUGCCUACAGUCUACCUGGAGUGGCCCUAACACUGGGCAGGCAGAAUUGGCACUGCCUGAAGGAUACAUAUGAGACACUGGCCUCAGAUGUACAGUGGAAGGUACGUCGAACACUGGCUUUCUCCAUCCAUGAGCUAGCUGUUAUUCUGGGGGAUCAGCUAACAGCUGCUGAUCUGGUGCCCAUUUUCAAUGGAUUCUUGAAAGAUCUGGAUGAAGUGCGUAUUGGUGUGCUUAAGCAUCUGUAUGACUUUCUGAAGUUACUCCAUGCAGACAAAAGGCGAGAGUAUCUUUACCAGCUUCAAGAAUUUGUGGUGACUGAUAACAGCAGGAACUGGAGAUUUCGUUAUGAACUGGCAGAGCAGCUGAUCCUGAUACUGGAACUCUACAACCCCAAUGAUGUCUAUGACUACUUAAGACACAUUGCACUAACUCUCUGCUCUGAUAAAGUUUCUGAAGUUCGGUGGAUCUCCUUCAAAUUGGUUGUAGCAAUACUGCAGAAGUUCUACACAAACAAUGCAAAUACUUUGGGAUUGAAUUUCAUUAAUGAACUCAUUGUGCGUUUUCGUCACUGCUCCAAGUGGGUUGGAAGACAAGCUUUUGCCUUCAUUUGUCAGGCUGUAGUAGAAGAAGAAUGUAUGCCUGUUGAUCAGUUUGUAGAACACUUACUCCCCAGCCUUCUAAGUCUUGCUUCAGAUCCUGUGCCAAAUGUAAGGGUUCUGCUGGCCAAGGCUCUACGGCAGACCUUACUGGAGAAAGCUUAUUUUAAAAGUGUUGGCAAUCCUCAUCUAGAAGCUGCAGAAGAGACCAUUCUAACCCUGCAGUCUGACAGAGAUCAAGAUGUGUCCUUCUUUGCCACUAUAAAACUAAACCAGGGUGUUAACAUGUCUGAUUUUGUUACUGGUGGCCUUCCUAGUGGUAGGUAGACUGUAAAGUUACCAAACUGAACAUUACUCCUUUUACCCAAGAGAAGUUUACUUCCUUGAAGGGAUUGAAUUCCUGCAGCAGGUGCUGUAUCUGCAGAAAGGUACCGAAGAAUUUUGCAGACUAAAGUUUGUGUUUUGUUUGACUUCCAUACAUAUCUCAUUGAAAAACUCCUUUUAAUGGGUCCAACAUUCAAAUCCCAAGCAGCCCAUUGCUUUGUUCCUAAGAAACAAAGGGCCUCUACAUUGUUAAAAACCCGAAUAACAAGUGUUGAGGGGAAAGGUGGUGAUGCAGUUUACUCUCAUGUCUGUUAAUUAUAUGUUAAAGUUUGAGACAAGAUUGGUGUCACUGAGGUCCUUUAAGCUUAAGUGGGAUGUCUUUUGUGUUUCAGAAGAAAGGAAGACAAGCAGUUAGAACAAAGUACUUUUAAUAGAUUCUCAUGGCUUCUGAUCAUUUUUACAGUCUAUAAAGCUUAUACUUUUUGGUCUUAUCUGCAGAUCAUGUGGAGCUUGGGGAAAAAAGUCUUAAUUUUUGAGAUUGUGGAUUUGGAACUUUGUCCUGUUGAAAAAUUAAUUCUUGAUUACUAAAGAGAUUAUUUUAAUAGUAACAGUUACUUCUCUCUGUGUAUGGUUCUUCAUCAUAAAUAGCCCUGUGUAAAUAUUUCCCCUCACUUCACUAUGGUGCUAGUGAGUAGUUCACAUGGGUGAAAGUUUUUAUGUUGGCUUCUUUUUUGCUUUAAAUCUGCCUUGUCUGCAACACCGCACAUAGGCUCCUCAGCUGGGGUUGGUAUUUCUGGAGGGCUCAGCUUUGUAUAAAUUUAACUAAUCUUGUAUUAUAACCUGUACAGUAUUUGUAAGAAAUUGUUUUCUUCAGGUCACAAUGUUCUUUGUAAGUUGCAGGCAGAAAUAGGUCACUGCUAUCGCCGCUGUUAGAGCAAACAGUAUAAACUGUCAGUUCUGCAAUAUUCUAGGUUUAAUUUUUUUACAAUUUUUUUAUAGUUUAAAAAAAGAGCUUCAGUACAAACUUUUUAUGAUUGUGAUUUCUUAACAAAAAGAUCCCUCGAGUUUAAUUUUUCUAGUUCUAAUCUUUUUCUAAUGCUGGCAUUAUACUGGUGUUUUCUAACAGGUCAAAUUUUCUAAGGCCUUUCUGACAAGGUUUUACUUCUGUUUUUUAUUAUCAGUUCACUAAAUAUUUUCAGCACUGAACAAAUUUUUUUAAGUGUGUGUAUAUGUAAGUAUGUUUGAAAUGUACUGUAUAUAAAUUAAAUACUUUGAGCAUUAAUCCAACCCAGGCUUCUGUCUGUCAGAUAAUCUUCCACAGAUACCCUUACUUGCAAUACUCCACUGGAAAACAUAAGCUUCCAUAAGCGUUAGCAAGCUUGGUUAAUGAUCACUACGUUUUUAAGUAGAAUGUGUGUAAGUAAGCCACCAGCUAUAAACUUUCACUAAAAGGCUAAACAGAAUUCUUUGUUUUUAACAAUAUUUUGGUACUUCUCUGGCUCCAAGACUUAUCUGCUUUAAAUGAUAUGAUUUCAAAUAGAGGGUUUAAGAACUGUUAAACCUUUACGGCUGCAUGCACUAAUAGGGGACAUCAUUAGCUUUGGGGUGGUUGUUUUGGGGUUGUUUUGUUUUUGUGUAGGCGAUGUGCAGGUCUGUUAAGCAGACUUACCCUCACUUACCCUCUUCCAGGUUUGUGUUUUUGGUUUAGUUUUAAACUAGAAAUUUUUUCAGCAUGACUAAAGACCGCACUUUACUUCCUGUACUAGACAAAUGUAUGCAAUGAUGAGUAAAGCGAUGUGUUCACGUACAGUUCUCUGGGUUGUUUAAAUUAUGCAAAAAUGCUUUUAAAAGCCAGGUAGAACAAAGUCAGGUCAUAGAUCCACUUCACAACAGCAGUAAGAGUAUUCCUUUUAAACAUUUCUAGCUAAGGAACAUGAAGAUAACAUUAGUGGGUGCAAUACUGCUCGGAUGCAAUAGCAAAUUAACAAGCACUUGUAAUCCAAAGCCUGUUAGUCGUGUUACUUGGUGUUCAGACUUGCUGGUAUCUCCUGUGUGGUGUACACUUGGAAUUGGCCAGGUGCUGCCCUAGUGGGGUUGUGUCUGUACACAGUGGUGUUUAGAACCCAGUUAAGUGGGGACACUCUGGAAGUGUCAUUUGUUUGUCAGAAUAGAGAAUCUAUGUAACUUUGUAUUUAUCUCAAUAAAUCCUGUGACUGUUUUAUAAACUGAA